AACUGCCUCUCAAUUCAUCUCUUUUCCUUACACUCAAUUCUUUUCUUUUACUUUGUCCCUCCAAAUUCAUCUCAGAUUCUGUGUAAUAUAUCCGCAGUUUUUUACAGAGAAGUAAAGAUAUUUGGCGUGAGAGGAAGGGAGGGAGAAGAAAAGCUUGGUAAGUAUGGCGAAGGAGCAGGUUCAGGUGCUAAAUGCCCUGGACACGGCAAAAACGCAAUGGUAUCAUUUCACAGCAAUCAUCGUUUCAGGAAUGGGCUUCUUCACCGAUGCCUACGAUCUGUUCUGUAUAUCACUUGUCACAAAGCUCCUUGGUCGCAUUUACUACCACGUUGAUGGGGCUGCAGACCCUGGAUCACUGCCUCCAAAUGUGUCAGCUGCUGUUAACGGUGUAGCUUUUGUUGGAACACUUUCUGGGCAGCUCUUCUUCGGAUGGCUCGGUGACAAAAUGGGUCGAAAAAAGGUUUAUGGCAUGACACUCAUGCUUAUGGUAUUAGCCUCUAUUGCUUCAGGUCUUUCCUUCGGAAGUGAUGCAAAGACUGUGAUGACAACUCUUUGCUUCUUCCGCUUCUGGCUUGGUUUUGGCAUUGGUGGAGACUACCCUCUUUCAGCCACCAUAAUGUCUGAGUAUUCUAACAAGAAGACUCGUGGUGCCUUCAUUGCUGCCGUGUUUGCCAUGCAGGGUUUUGGAAUAUUGGCAGGAGGUAUGUUUGGAAUCAUAGUAUCAUCUGUAUUCAUGGCCAAGUAUGAUGUUCCAUCAUACGAGGUUGAUCCCUUGGGUUCAACUGUUCCACAAUCAGACUAUCUUUGGAGGAUAAUUCUGAUGGUGGGAGCACUUCCUGCUGCCUUGACUUAUUAUUGGAGACUAGAGAUGCCAGAAACUGCACGCUACACUGCAUUGGUUGCCAAGAAUAUGGAGAAGGCUGCAGCAGAUAUGUCUAAGGUUAUGCAGUUGGAGAUUCAACCUGAGCCAAAGAAGGAAGAUGAACAAAAUUCAUAUGGAUUGUUCUCCAAGGAAUUCAUGAAUCGACAUGGACUUCAUCUGCUUGGAACCACAAGCACAUGGUUCUUUCUUGACAUUGCAUUCUACAGCCAAAAUCUGUUCCAAAAGGAUAUAUUCAGCGCAAUUGGUUGGAUUCCUCCAGCAAAGACCAUGAAUGCGCUUGAGGAGGUUUUCAGAAUUGCAAGGGCUCAAACUCUCAUUGCUCUCUGCAGUACAGUUCCGGGAUAUUGGUUCACUGUGGCCUUCAUUGAUAUCAUAGGAAGAUUUACCAUUCAGUUGAUGGGGUUCUUCUUUAUGAUUGUCUUCAUGUUUGCUCUUGCAAUUCCGUAUGACCACUGGACCCUUAAGGAGAACCGAAUUGGAUUUGUGGUCAUUUACUCUCUCAUCUUUUUCUUUGCAAACUUUGGGCCCAAUGCAACCACAUUUGUUGUGCCAGCAGAGAUUUUCCCAGCUAGGUUUAGAUCCACUUGCCAUGGAAUAUCUUCAGCAUCUGGGAAGCUUGGAGCCAUAGUUGGUUCAUUCGGGUUUUUGUACUUGGCACAGAAUAAGGAUCCAAGUAAAACAGAUGCAGGGUACCCUGCAGGUAUUGGUGUGAAAAACUCAUUGAUGGUGUUAGGAAUGGUUAACGUAUUAGGCUUCAUUUUUACCUUCCUCGUGCCUGAGUCAAAGGGUAGAUCUUUGGAAGAGAUUUCGGGAGAGCAAGAAGAGGAAGUUCAAGAAACCAAAGCAUAAUAUCAGUAAUCGCCACUGCAGAAGUAAAACGGUUGCAUGCAGCAACAGAAUAAUGCAUUAUCAUGUUGUAAUAGUAGUGAUAUACCAAGAAUAUGCAUUAGUAAUAGAAACCUUAAGUGUUGUUUUGUUCUGUAUAUUUUGGAAAUAGGAACGUGUAGUUCCGGCAAUAAUGUGUUAACAGUA